AAACCAGCUUCUUUUUCCUUUUUUUUUUUUUUUUUUUUUUUUUGCCUCUUCAUAGCAAAAUACAGAGUCAGGAAAAAUGGCCAGCCGGCUCACGCUCUCUUUACCAACUCUUUCUCAUACCCAAUUUCCAUGCAUACUGAAAAACAGCACAGACCAAAGACACAAAACAACCCAAGCUUUUGCUGCAAAACCUGGUGGAUUCUCACUCAACUCUAUCCUGAACUCAUGUAAAAACUGUGGAGGCAAAGGUGCAAUUGAGUGCCCAGGAUGUAAGGGAACAGGAAAAAAUAAGAAGAAUGGAAACAUAUUUGAGCGGUGGAAUUGUAUUUAGAUGUUUUGAUUGCCAAGGAUUUGGAUUGAAGAGUUGCCCCAGCUGUGGAAAAGGAGGGCUAACACCUGAGCAAAGAGGAGAAAGAUGAAAAAAUAAUAAUAAUAAAUAAAUAAAUAUAUAUAUAUAUAUAUAUAUAUAUAUAUAUAUAUAUGCUUCCUUAUACAAAAGGUAAUUAUAAUCAAUAGUUGUUGGUUUGUGAUUAAAGCUGGACAAUGGAAUUUCUUCAGCAGCCAUUAUUUGAUAUCAAAGCCCUGUAUACCUGUUUCUGUAGUGAA